GUCGAAUAGAUAUCCUUCAAGGCUAAUGCGCCAUGGCUACGGUGACCUUCCCCCCUUCGUCUCUCUCAACCCAACCGAAACCCCACUUUCCUAAACCCUCCAAAACCCUAAUUCACCUUCUUUCUCCGAAGUUUUCUUUCUCAAAGCCAGCAUUCAACCUCAAAACCCUAAACCCCAUUCUCUCGCAAUCCCCAGCUCCACUCCGGCUUUCCAACACGACUUCCGAUCUCAUCGCCUACGACAAUUCGGUGCCGGUGCCGGUGCCUUCCCGAUCCCUGAAGUCUCGUCUCCACAAUGGCGAAACCCUUUAUGGCCUCUUCCUUCUCAGCUUCUCUCCCACUCUCGCUGAGAUCGCCGGCCUCGCUGGCUACGACUUCGUCGUCGUUGAUAUGGAGCACGGCCAUGGAGGCGUCUCCGACGCCCUACCCUGCCUCCACGCCCUCGCCGCUACUCGGACUCCGGCAAUCAUUCGGCUCCCAGAGAGUUGUCCAACGUGGGCGAAAAAGGCCCUCGAUCUGGGUCCACAAGGGAUCAUGUUUCCGAUGAUCGACAGCCCUAAAUUGGCGAGGAAAGCCGUCUCGUACUGCCGGUUUCCACCGGCGGGGGUUCGUGGGUCGGCGCACACUGUCGUGAGGGCGUCGAGCUACGGCAUCGACGCUGGGUAUCUGAGCAAUUACGAGGAGGAGUUGUUGAUCAUGUGCCAGGUCGAGUCUGAAGAGGCUGUGAAGAAGAUCGAAGACAUCGCCGCCGUCGAUGGGGUCGACUGCAUCCAAAUGGGGCCCACGGAUCUGAGCGCAAGCAUGGGAUAUUUGUGGGAUCCAGGGAACAAGAAGGUGAGAGAGAUGAUGAAGGUUGCAGAGAAGGGCGUGUUGGGGACGAAGAAAAAUCCCAGGGAAGGCGCCUACUUGGCUGGCUUCGCUAUGCCGCAUGAUUCCCCAGAUGAUAUACGGUCGCGAGGCUAUCACAUGGUUUCUGGUGCAGUCGAUGUGGGGUUGUUCAGGAGUGCUGCGGUCGAGGAUGUGAAGAAGUUCAAGAUGGGGUUGAAAAAGGCCUCUGACGAUGAGAAAGAGAACGCUAAAGAAGAUGAGAAGUACUGGAGCGAGUAAUGGGAGAUACAGAAAUCGAAAAAUAAGUAAUUCUCUGUAAGUUCUUGCCAUGAUAAAAGCUCUGAAAAUGGGGAAAUAGGAACUCUGAUCGGUCAAGUUUUUUCAGUAUGUAGAUGCAGGUGUAGGUUGCUUUGUUUCCCAAAACCUGGACAAACUACCAAAUCAUUACUUAAAUCUUUGUGUGAUGUAAUGUUUUUGCGAAAUUGAAUCUGCUUUCACCAAA